UAAUGCUAUAUUUAUCUCGGUUAGGAUUAAGUAAGCAUACAUUUGUUUAAUAUUUUUCCUGAAUAAAAUAGUAAAAAACAGGAAAUUAAUAUUCUUUGACGUUAUGAAUUUGAUUAUAAAAAAGCAAUUUUGAGUGGUUUCAAUUAUUCUAUUUUCGACUAGGAACUCGACUUGAGUUACAGAUAAAAAUCUAUUGUUAAAUAGAAUGUCCUGUUGUUAAUGUCGUCUGCUUUUGGACAUUAUGUGAUAUUUGAAAAGGAAAAAAAAGAUGUUAGGAAGUUUUUUCUGAGAAGACUAGCUGUCCAUUUGUAGAAGAGUGGGUGACAUAAUGGCGUGUCUCACAAAAUCGGAUGGAUCACCUACCACCGCUUGUACAACAAACAAGAAGGAGUAUGAUGCUUUUAUCGUAUACAAAACGGAUGCUGAUUAUGAAAUUGCCCGUUGCAUAGGCACAACUCUUGAGGAACAUUCUUUAAAGGUUUUAGCACAUUGGAAACAAGAGGCAUUCCCUGCAGGCCAAAACAUAUUUAAUAGUAUUGUUAGAUGUGUGCAUAACUCAGCAAGGACAGUUGUCAUACUAACGAAGGAUUCGUUGGAGAGCCCAUGGGUUCUUCUUGAAAUGGUUCAGUCAAUUGACCAAUCGCAGCAAAGCAAUAUUUUGACCUUGAGACUUAUUGUAAAUGACGUCAAAGACGAGGACCUAGAUUACCUGAAACGGGGUAUACUAGCGACAGUUCCACAUUUCCGUCUGAACUUUAAUGACAACAAAUGGGAAGAAAUGCUGGUUAAAAAUAUUACCCAGGAUGUACCAUUGCCAAAUAUUUUGCCACUAGAAGGAAGCCUUGCACAUGGUUUGGUAUUUUCUCAUUAUGUUGGAUAUUUGUCGCAUGUUCUUCCUGUUCUAAAACAGACGAUAGAGCAGACUUCAAUAUUUAGAGCUCACCCUCAGCGGGUAUCUAGAAAGUACCACAUCUUGCUUCCAAAAACAUGCGACGUUAAUGGAAGUUUUGAAAGCUAUGAUGACCAAAAUAAAAUCCGUAUCAAAAAGCAAGACAUAACAGAAAUCAAGAAAUCCCAUGUCGGUAAACCAAGAAUAUACAAACUAGUAAUAUACGAGAUUACUAAAGAAUGUGAAACUGGGGACGAGGGCUAUUUCUUCUUUGCCGAUUGUCCGUAUAUACUAAAUGCCAUGUUUGUUAUGAACAAGGAACGUUUGAAAGUAGUUGAUAUGCGUCACCAAUUAGCGCAGCUUCAAUAUAUUCUAGGAGAAGUUAUCAAUCAUGCUGAAAAUAAUGAUUGUUUUGGAACAGUGAAAUUAAUUCUAUAUGAUGAAAAUGAGGGGACGAUGCAAUCAGCGCUGUAUAAUGCUGUCAAAGAAAGUAUCGAAGCGGAGCUCAAAGAGGAUACGCAAACCGAGGAUCUGUCUGAUACUUUUGAGAAAGAUUUGUAUGUUCGCGAGGUUGAUGCGAAAACUGAAAUUUCUGCUUCAAAAAAUACUUCAACAUAUGAUGACCAUGAGGUUGCCAUUAAUUACAUGAAAGAUUCACAUACUGAAUGUGAAGUGGCUGACAAGUUAAACAAGUUUUUUGAAAGUAGAAACAUGUCUGUGUAUCUUGACAGAGGCAAUGAAAGAGAACUUUCUAGACGUCCGGCUAAAUGGCAAAUUUUUCUGCUCUCAGAAAACACCUUUACAACGCCAAAUACCUUAUUAUACAGAUGUUCUGUAAUGCUACGUGAAGGCCUAAUGGAUAAUGCAUUGCGAGUUAUACCUGUACUUAAUGGCAUUGAAGUAAAGGACAUACCACGCUAUAUCAAAUGGGUGACCGUAGUUAGUGCGUCAGAGCCAAAGUACUGUGAGAAAAUCUACAUGACAAUGAAAGGUGGUAUUGUAAGAAUGGAGCACCGCUUGCCAUCAGGUGAUGUAGCUACAGGUUUAGCAUGGGCUUAUGUGAUCAAUUACUUGAUAAUCACACUUCUAGAUGUUAGCAACCGUGUCAAGGAGUUUUUGACAGAAAAGAAAAUAGAUUGUGGAUGUAUAUUGAAGAUGUUCCCGGUGUUACCAAAGUCAUGUACAGUAGAGGAUUGGUUACUCAAGAAAGCAAACGAAGGAGUAAAAGCCAAUGACAAAGUUGUUGAACAUCUUGGAAUGUUGAAGCCAGUGAUCAAAGACACCGGUGGACAACUGAAACGUCCUUUCUAUCUUCAUGUUUACAAGAUAACCGAUCAUGUCAGCCGGAAGGUUUGUUUUGAUUUACCUUAUUUAAUUAUAAUGUUUUGUGUGUCGGUGUGCUUCAUAGCAGAGUAUUUUACGCCAGGACAUUGUCUACAUGGGAUGGCAUACAGCUAUCCCUUUGCUGGACUAACGACAGAUGAAAUGUUAGUUCAGGGUAAACGUACAGUUGAGCUUGUCACAGACAUUUUACAACUUCCAUCUGUGAAACAUAAACUUGGUGACAUGUCCAACUUAGUUGAUAUCAUUUACUACGAUGAUGGUCAGGAAACAUUGAUGUCGGCAUUUUGUAGACAUAUUUUUGAAAGCAAGAAUGGAACACAGAGCAUGAUAUAUGCAGAAGGAAGAGAAUCAAUGUGUUGUAAAACUAUAAAAGUACACGAACUGUGUGCAAAUGACGCAUUAUCAUAUUUAGGAACUAUUGACUGUGCACCAGAUGAACCUUGGACAAUAAAACUUCAGGUGAGAGAUUUCUUUGUCUACUUUAAAUCAGACACUGGUGCUGAUUUGACUGUUAUUCCGGAAAGUCUUUAUAAUACUUUAGGCAAACCAAAAUUGAAUAAAACACACAGAUCGUUAUACGGUCCAGACCAACAAGAAGCUUUUGAUAAAAUCAAGCUUACUUUGACCAGUACUCCAAUGUUAGCUCAUUAUGAUCCAAAUAGGGAAACUGUUCUCAUGACAGAUUCUUCAAAAUAUGCUACCGGAAGUGUAGUCCUUCAAAAACAAGACAAUGGUGACUUUAAGCCAGUAUCAUUUGCGUCAUGGGCAUAUACACCCACAGAGGUGCUGAAGUCAUACGAUUUAGAAAUGUCUGACAGAAGAGAAGACGUUAAGAAUAGUUAUGAAAAAGAUAAAAGAACAGGAUCAGUUGACAACCAGACUAAAAUAUUUAUUGUUUACAACACCGGGGAAACAGCGGAAAUUAAAACCGCCCAAUUUGUUGCACAUGCAUUAACAAAAAGGUCGGUUUCUUGCGUUUUUGAUGUUGAAGACCACCAAGCUUUCCCUAUUGGAGAACCAGUGACAGAAAAUAUUGUUAAAUGGAUUGAAAACUCGGAAAAGACUUUGGUGAUUCUUAGUAAAGAUUCAAUAAAGAGUACAUGUCAGCUACUGCAAACUAUUCUUGCUCUGGACAAAUGUAAGAAGAAAAACAUCUUUUGUCUACGGCUAUUACUGCACGGGGUAGAUGAAAAUGAAAUACAAUUUUUGAAAAGGGAUUUCUUGCAAUCAGUUCCAUGUAGAAAAUUAGAUUUCAACAAAGAUGGAUGGGAGGAGCGUCUUGCAUCUUACAUAAAUGAGGAAAUACCUGUUCCAGACAUUCUGCCUGUUGGGAGCCUUGCACACGGAUUGGUUUUCUCACAUUUUAAUGGCUAUUACAGAUAUGUUUUGCCAGAGCUUCAAGAACAUCUUAUAAACAACGACGUGUAUAAAAACAACCCAGGGAGAGUAUCGGUACAUUAUUAUUUACUCAUUCCAAGUACGUGUGAGGUUGUUAGCAGUUUCAAAGGUCGUGACAGCAAAAAUGAUAUCACAAUAGAAGAAGAAACAAAGCUAAUGUUUACAAGGCACCAUGCAGGAAAGCCGCGAGAAUACAGUAUUAUCAUUUAUAGAAUAAAGAAAGGUGAUGAGGACCCUUACUAUUUUUUCGCUGAUUGUCCAAACGUGUUGAAUGCUAUUCACACAAUGUCAAAGGAGAAAAUGGCUACAGUUGAUGUACAGUCACAGGUGGCCCGUUUCUACCAUACCAUGAACGAGGUCAUUCAUCAUACAAAGAACAAGUUCUGCAAGGAUGAUGCUGUAGAACUUCUUCCGUACAAUGCUACAGACGAAACUAUGCAAUGUGUAUUAUACGACGCCAUUAAGCGAAACUUGAGUAUGACGGACUCAAAACAGCAGCGCACUCCACACAGACUUCUUUCGCCUCAUGCAAAUCAACCUGAAAACGAUGUCACAAUACUGUGCCACCCUGAUUGCAGUAAUGAUCUGCUUCACGCAGAUAAAAUUGAAGAAGAAUUAGUUAAAAACAACCUUAAAGUUGUAAAGGAUUAUGAGGGAGGAAAUGAAUCAGAGCUGAGAAUAAUGCCAGCGAAGUGGUACAUUUUGGUGAUAUCGAAAACAACAUUGAACUCGACCAAUCUUACUGCUUUCAAAUGUGCAGCGUGUUUAGACAACAGUAUAACAGAUGAUUCAGUUAGCGUUCUACCUGUCUUAGUUGGAGUUGAACCUUGCGAAAUCCCGGCAAUGAUCAAAUGGGUCACAAUGAUCAGUGUGAACGACCAUAAUUACCUAGAAGCCAUACUACAAAUUGUGAAAGGACAGCCUGUCAGAAUGCAAGACAGAAUACCAUGUGGAGAUGUUGCAACAGGUCUAGCGUGGGCAUGUUAUAUUAAUUACUUGUCAAUCACAAUGGAACCAGGUUUACGUGACAGAAUAGUGAAACUGAUGAAAAGUAAAGGUGUCAUGUGUGACUGCAUUGAGAAGUUCUUUAUCAUAGUGCCGCUAUCUUGCAAAACAGAACCAAAGCUUGCAGAAAAGGCAAAUGAAAAAAGUGAGACACCAGUUAUACAAUAUGUUGGGAUAAGUGAAAAGGUGGAAAAGGAAAUGGCUGGUCAACAUCGUACAUUUUAUAUUCACAUGUAUAAAUAUACCGACCCAAGAACUAAAAAUAGUGUUUGCUUUAUGAGUGAAUAUUGUGCGGCAAUCAAUAAUAUCAGGGAAAUGGGCAAUCUACCAUUUUCUGGAAUAACGAGGGAGGACAUGAGCAGACAGUGUGAAAAUUUUGUAGAAGUAAUGGAAGAUAUUAUGAAUAGAAAGGCAGUGAAGAAUAAACUCGGAGACAUUAGCAAACUUGUUCACUUUGUUUUCUAUGACGAUUCGAAGCAGACAUUGAUUGAAGCUAUAAAGGAACAGAUCAUUGGGGGAGAUUACAAUAUGAUUUGCAGAAAAGAUAUUGUCUAAAACAUGUGAAAUGAACAAGACUCGUCGUGUGAUAAUUAAUCCUGUUGACUAUCCUCGUUAUCAUCUUGACAUUGCAAGUCUGUGAUAUGUUUCAAACACCAGUAUCAUUAUUUUCUACGUAAUAUCAUCCAUCAUCAUCAUCAUCAUUAUUAUUAUUAUUAUUAUUAUUAUUACCAUCAUCUUGACAUUGCAAGUAUGUGAUAUGUUUCAAACACCAGUAUCAUUAUUUUCUACGUAAUAUCAUCCAUCAUCAUCAUCAUCAUUAUUAUUAUUAUUAUUAUUAUUAUUACCAUCAUCUUGACAUUGCAAGUAUGUGAUAUGUUUUUUUACAUCACUAUCAUCGAUAUCAUUAUUUUCUACGUAAUAUUCUUCAUCAUUUUCCUUAUCAUCUUAACAUUUCUCUGGUGGUUUUUAGCGUCACUAUCCAUUGUAGUGUUCCUUCAGAAUCACUUUUUUCAAAUAUAUAGACUAAGAUAAGCGCACUGUAGUUUAAUGCAUUCAUUUGAAUCCGAGGCCAGUAUUUGUGCAGACUGGAUUCACAUGUCAUGGAAUGCUUUUGUAAAUUAUAAUUUGUUAUCUUAUUGCAGUCAAAAAUAUCUUUGGACAUUGCCUUGUUGCAACACAAAUAGAAGGCACCUGUUCAUGGUAUAAAUUACAAAAAGACAAAAAAAAACAUGUCACGUUAUAAUUCAUUUAUAAAACAGAUAAAGCACCCCUAUUAUAAAACAAGACUAGUACUAGUAAGAAAAUCAAGUUUUUCCUCUCUUCUUUGUCUAACCAUAGUAAGCAUGACUGGAUUUUUUUUAUUGUCAACUGUUUGGUUUAUGAUCAUCAGAGUUAACAUGACCAAAUUCUUUAAUGUCAAGUGUUUCAUUUUAGGGUAAGCAGAUUUAAAAUGAUUCUUUCGUUUAAGUGUAAGCAGAAUUAAGAUGAUCAGAGUCUUAUAAAAGGUAAAGGUAAAGGUCUUGUUUAUUAUAGUGUCACCCCUACUGAAAGGGCCAGCCAUUUUGACUUAUGAGACACCUUUUGCUUGCAUACCAUGUACCUCCCAAUUCCUACCACUAUGCCAGGCGCCAGGCGGAUAGAAAUCGGUAACCAUUCAUUUUAACUACCUCGCGGCUCACGAAGCGGCCAUUUCGGAACGAGUCCCACGAGAAACAUUCAUCCUUCAAUUAACGAUCCCCGUGGGGCUCGAACCUUCGACCUCCCGAUCCGAAGGCGGACGCCUUAACCACUAGGCCAACGGUAUGUCAAGACUAAGUGUUUUCGUUUUAAUGGAAGAUAAACAUAUUCUUCAUUGUCAAGUAUUUUGUUUUAUGAUAAUCUGAGUUUAGAUGAUCAAAUUCUUGAAUGUCAGUUGUUUGGUUUUGAGUUUAAACGGAUUUUUUAUGUUAACUUUACGGCUUAAGUGUAAGCAGAGCUAAGAGUACCAAUUAUUUAAUAUAAACUGAAUGGCUUAAGUAUAAGCAGAGUUAAUAUGACCAAUUCACUAUCAACUGUACAGUUAAUAUGACCAAAACUUUAAUAUCACCUGUUCUUCUUAAGUGUAAGCUGAGUUAAGUUGACCAAUCAUUUGAUAUCAACUAUACGGCUUUAGUGUAAGCACAGUUAAGAUGACCAAUCAUUCAAUGUUAACUGUACGGUUUUUAGUGUAAGCAGAGUUGAGAUGACCAAUCAUUCAAUGUUAACUGUACGGCUUUUAGUGUACGCAGAGUUAAAAUGACCAAUCUUUCAAUGUUAACUGUACGGCUUUUAGUGUAAGCACAGUUAAGAUGACCAAUCAUUCAAUGUUAACUGUACGGUUUUUAGUGUAAGCAGAGUUGAGAUGACCAAUCAUUUAAUAUCAUAUGUUCGUCUGUUAAGAUGACCUAUCAUUUAAUGUCAAUUGUCCGGCUUUAGUGUAAACAGAGUUAAGAUGCUCAGAUUCUUUAUUGUCAAUUGUUCGAUUUUAGGUUCAGCAAAAUUAAUUCAAUCCAUUUUAUAUCAAUAGUUCGGUUAAAUAGUCACCACAGUUAUCAUGACCAGAUAAUAAAAUGUCAGCUUUUCAGUUUAAUGGUCACCAAAGUUAAGAUGUCCAGAUUCUUCUUUGAGGAUUGAGAACAUGGUUAAGACGGUCGAGCUAUUUAUUGUCAGUUGUUCCAGUAUUAGAAGAAGCCGUAUAAAAUUACUUUCAAAGAAUACAUAUCAUUUACAUUUACAUAUCGUUUUAAUUUGUGUCAUUUAAUUUUCAAUACCUUUUAUAUGAAAAUAUCUGCAUGUCAUUUGUUACCACAUCUAUUUAUUUUGGUUUUGUAUGUCUAUUUUUCCCCUGGUCAUUAAUAUUAUAUGUUCAUUGUAGUAUUAUUUUUAUUUUCAUUAUUAUUAUUGUUAUUUCAUCACUGUUAUUGUUACUAUUGUUGUUGUUGCUGAUUGCACUAUUGUAACCAGGGAAGAAUGAAAACCACAAAAAUGUGUAAUGUCUACAAUCGAUGCAUUUCAUUCAUCUAAAGGCUAAUAAUCACAUUGCAAAAAUUUUAUAUUUUGUUUUCCCCUGAUUUAUUUACAAUACCCGGUGAUUUCCUCUAACACAAUGGAGAAUUCUAUCCUCCAACAACUUUACUAAACAUUGCUGCAAGGCUACAACGGUAUCUUCGAAAUAAAAAACCAUGCACGUGAACUUUGUUAAAACUGAAGACCCUUUUUUCUGAACUUUGCAGAAUAUUGUAUCCACGCAGGCGCGAGUUGACUAACGAGGGUAUAGGGGUCGAAGUCAACUGUUAAAAAAAAUGGAGAUUUUAACAAAAUGUGGAAAAAAAGGUUUGUCAUGGAAUUAUAAAAAAUGGAUAUUCUGUAUGAUUUUUUAAAGAUAUGUGUUAGUCUUUGAGAUUUCUCUCACUCCAUGUCUAUUUUUUUCAGUGAUCAGCCACAAACUCUUUUCUCAUUUUUGAAUUAUAACCAUGACGGUAUAGGGAUUGCACUGUUUCAAUAAUGUUUUAUACAUGUUAAAGCUCGGAUUUAUAAAUAACGUAUGAAGUCGC